AUGCUGGAGCUUGGCGAGGCUGUUUUGGAGCCCGAGAAGUGGCUUCUCCAGAAGAUAGAGGAGCUGAAGGAUCUCGCGGGUUGGGUCGGCCUUCAACCGGCCGGCGCCGAGCCUGAAGACGAGGGCAAUCUCGCUCCCAUUGAUGGUGUCGACGAGGAAGACGGCAAGAGCCUCGAGGAGGAGAUGACCGUCUUGAGCGAAAGGGAGCGUCAGGACCUCGUUGUGAGAGAUUAG